AUGCAGCCCAACCGGCUGUGGUCUCUCCUUCUCUCCAUCUGCCUGGCCGGCCAUGCGCCGGUCUGGGCCCUCGAACUCAACAUCGACGAUGAGCAAUCCAUCAAGACCGCCGCGGCGACCACCGCCUUCAAUAUGAUGAGCCAGUACCACGGCAACGAGUCGGGUCAAAUCCCCGGCAAACUCCCCGACACCUGGUGGGAGGGUGGUGCCAUGUUCAUGACCCUCAUCCAGUACUGGUACUGGACCGGCGACACCUCCUAUAACGACGUCACCACCCAGGGCAUGCUGUGGCAGAAAGGCUCCAACGACUACUUUCCCACCAACUACAGCCAGUGGCUAGGCAAUGACGACCAAGUUUUCUGGGGUCUGGCCGCGAUGACGGCGGCGGAGCUGAACUUCCCCGAGCAGGACGGCCAGCCGUCGUGGCUCUCCCUGGCGCAAGGGGUGUUCAACACACAGGUGCCCCGCUGGGACAAGACCAGCUGCGAGGGCGGGCUGCGAUGGCAGAUCUGGCCGUAUCAGGCCGGUUACACCACCAAAAACUCGGUCUCCAACGGCGGGCUGUUCCAGUUGGCGGCGCGGCUGGGUCGCUACACCAACAACCAUACCUACACCGACUGGGCCGAGAAGAUCUGGGACUGGAGCGCGACCACUCCGUUGUUGCGGACGACUGACUGGACCAUCGCGGAUACCACGACGACCCAGUCCAAUUGCAAGGCCCACGGCGACCUCCAAUGGACCUACAACUACGGCAUGUAUCUGAGCGGCGCCGCCUACAUGUACAAUCUGACCAACGGAGACACCAAAUGGAAAAAAGGCAUCGACGGCCUGCUGCAGACGACCUUUUCGCAGUUCUUCCCCAAGCAGUACGGCGGCAACGUGAUGUCGGAGAUCUCGUGCGAGCCGAACAUGAAAUGCGACCGCAACCAGGACUGCUUCAAGGGCUUCCUCUCAUCGUGGCUGACCUUUAUGACCACCAUCGUGCCCUACACCUCCGGCGAGAUCCUCCCCAAGAUCCAGGCGUCCGCCCAAGCCGCCGCCAAGCAGUGCUCCGGCGGAAGCCAGCAAUCGGAGUGCGGUCGGCGCUGGUACCAGGCUACCUAUGACGGCACCAACUCGCUCGAAACGGACAUGAGCGCGCUGAGCGUGUUUUCCUCCAACAUGAUCAAGUUCAAGAAGGGGGAUGUGUCGCCGCUGACGGCGGAUACGGGUGGGAAGAGCAAGAGUAACCCAGACGCAGGCACGGGGACGGGAGAGCCCCCUGCUAGCGAGCCGGCGCCCAUUACGACGGGUGACCGGGCGGGCGCGUCGAUUCUGACGAUCUUGUUCAUCAGCGGAUGGGUGGCGGCGGUGACUUGGUUAGUGUAUGGUGGUUGA